UGGCGAAUAUGAAGAGACAGGCAAGGAAGUGCCUCGGACAGUGUGUUUCUUGCUGGGGGGCGAGACCAAUUGUAAAACCAGCAGUGAAAUAUGAGAAUGAGCAAGUUCACGGAAGAAUGGGGACGUUGGACCCUGCUUCGAUCGUUAGUCUUCGCCAGUCUCGACUGCCUCCCCCCCCCUCCCGCUAGUUCUCCCUCCGCUGCCCUCCCUGCCGCCGCUACUGUCCACAUCAAGGUCUCGCUUUCACAGCCUCACCCGCGUCGCGAAUCACAAUCUAGGCUAUACGCUCUCUAGCACCGCCCCUCAAGGGUCGGUGCCCACUCGCCCUCUCUGUCGCCACCCCCCUCAUUCCACCCCUACCGAGGGUAUCAACGAGGAUUCGCCCGCGUCAUCCUGUGGUUACUACUCAGUAGUACUGACGCUGGUGGUAGUAGCAGCGCCCUGUGGUCGCCCUUGUCCGCUGCGCGCGCCGCGGGGCCAUCGCAGACGUGCUUGAGUGACGCUAUUUCAGCGUAUAAGGAAGCUAGUGCCGGAGAGACAUUCAAGAAUCCCACUUGCAGCAUUGCAGAAGAGCGCUCUGAAGAUAGCGUAAGCUUAUCAGUAGGCUUUGAGUCACGGUGCUGUCGAUUAAAAAAACUAGUAUUACUACGAUUCUCGUUUGGCCACUACGCCGUAACUUAACCGAACACGACUCGGUGUGAAAGCGGUUUCCAUGGAUGCGAGUUUCGAAUUCCUGUCGCAAGGAGAGCUCGACCUUUUCUUCCAAGGCGCGCAGACGGAGUCAGAUGAUCCUCACCGUGACGGAAUGCUAGCACUACCAGUAGUUGCCGCGAAUGCCGACGACGACCAGCUGCAUGGUCACGGCGACGCUGGCGCGCCGGCCGACGCGGCGGCGGCCCGUCCGCGGGACGAGCAGCGCGCCUACGACGACCUGCAAGCCCUCCUGCACGCCACGAGCGCGAGCGCGAGCUCUUUACUGAAUGAUAUCCCUGACGCGAAGGACGGUCAGAAAAAUCAGGAAGGCAGUCGUUUGGCGGGCGGUCGGGCGGACGACCAGCACAGGGCGCUGCAGCAUCUUCAGUGGCUGGAACGGGCAUCAUCCGCCCUCGCCAAGUGCCUUCCGCUGCUCGCCACGAGCAUACGGGACAGCACCAACGUGACUGCUAGUGCUGCGAGCACCACGGCGAAGACGCUUCCCAAGAACGUGAAGGCCCAGGCAGCAGCAGCAGCAGCAGCAGCCAGUUCGCCGGAUUUCGUCGCACAGGUGUUGUCCGCCUCCGUCUCGGCGCAGCAGCAGCGGCGGAAGGUCGCUGAGGAGGAGGAGGAGGCGGCGGCGCUGUUCGAGAGCCUGCAGCGCGACAUUGGCAUGAUGGCGCCGGGAGACGCCGAGGGCAGCGACUCCACCGUGCUACAGCCACUACAGUCGCUGCAGGCGCUGCCGUCUGGCGUUGCUGCUUCAACAGCGGCGUAUGCCUUCCCCCUCGACUCUACAUCUGUGGCCGACAGCGAUGUGCUGGAGGCACCAGGGCUUCACUCGUUCCCUCACGACAUGGCGGCUUUUGAGUUGCCUCAAAAGUCGUUCCCUCACUACAUGGCGGAUUGCAACGGCAUGCUCCUGGAUGGCGAAGCUGGUCUCCCUGCUGCUGCUGCUUCUGCUGCGUCACAUGACACCAUCAUGCCAUACAGCACUAUGUUCGGUGGAAGCUCUGGAACCGUGCUCGGAUCUGCUAGCCGGAAUUUUGCUGUCCCGUAUCUGCUGCUUGCUCCCUCUCAGCCUGAGCUCCCCCAUGUGUCGUCUACUGCUGUGGCAACAUCACUGCUUGCACACCUGGCUGGCUCCCACCCUUUCAGCCCAGCAUCAGAGACCUCCUCCGCCCCUGUUGUCGAGCCUGCUGCCUUGCUUCCUCGUUACAAAGGACCUCAUUACAAGGGAGUUCGCCAGAGAAGGUGGGGACGCUGGGUUGCUGAGAUUCGUGAGCCACGCAGGCGCAGCCGCAUUUGGUUGGGUAGCUACGAUGAGCCUGAGGAUGCAGCCCGUGCGUAUGACACGGCUGCUCGGCUCUUGAGAGGCAAGAAAGCCCGUCUGAACUUCCCUACCUGCACUGCUGCUGUACCACUUCCGCAUGCUGCUGCUGAGGCCGUGCUUCGUGCUCUGAAAAGGAUGCAAGAGACGGAGAAUACGCCCAAGGAAUCGAGGAGCUAAGAAUAGGAUGUGGCAAGACCUGCUCGCUGGAACUGCACUGCCAUGGGGUAUUGGGCUGUAGAAUACAUGUUAGAUGAAGUG